UUCACGGCGCACUUUAUUUACCCCCGACCUCCCUCCCUCUCACUGUACGGACUGACUCCGUCUUUGUGUUCCUCAGCCUCUCUGCUACUUCAUUCAAAUCUCACCACUCAACCAUUCUCACCUAUACCUAUCUAUAUACGCACUUCUAUUGCCGAAAUGAGCAUCGGAUUUGAGUCAAUCACUUUGAGAAACCCUAGUCCUGCCUUGGUCAGAGCUUCCCCUUCAAUGGCGAUGUGUCACGCGCCGCCUGCUUCUCUAGGGCUUGGAACUAAAAUCCAUUUCAAGGCUGCGAUUCCGCCAUUUCUCGGCCUUAAUUUGCCGCUGAGAACUGUGCGGAAGCUCUCUGUUUCCUCUUUUGCCGCCUCUCAUGAGGAAUCGAAGGCUUCAGAUAUUGAUAUAAAUAAGGAAAAAGAGGAUCUGAAAGAGGGCGCUCAAGAAUCACAAGAGGCUUGGCAGCAGACACUCGCUUCUUUUAAAGAACAAGCCUUGAAAAUGCAGAGCAUAUCAAAGGAAGCUUAUGAGUUGUAUUCUGAAAAGGCUAUUGUCGUUUUAAAAGAAACUUCUGAGAAAUUGCAAAUUCAAGCAGAGAAGUCAAGGCACGAUCUGGCUGUGAUUGCAAAGGAAAUUGCUGAAGAGAGUAAAGAAUACUUGGCCACAGCUGCAGAAAAUUCCCCUGAACCAGUGAAGGAUAUUGUUGAAACCUUUGCUUCCUCAACUGAUGAGUUCAAAGAUGUAUCCAAAGUGCGAGACUUUUAUGUUGGAAUACCUUAUGGUGCUCUUCUGUCUGUUGGAGGUUUUCUCUCGUUUAUGCUCACUGGAAGCAUUCCUGCUAUCAGAUUUGGCACUAUACUUGGUGGUACUCUCUUGGCUUUGAGUAUAUCAAGUUUGAGAGCGUGGAAAAAGGGGGAGCCAGCUCCCUUGCUCCUCAAAGGACAGACAGCAAUUGCAACCAUCUUGUUUGUUCGAGAGCUGCGCAUGCGACCAUUUACUGCCAAUAUCUUCACAACCUUCAUCAGUGGGGGAGUAGUUGCAUUCUAUCUUUACAGGAUCAUUAAAGAUGGAGGGCAGUCAGGAGCAUCCAAUCAGGAAGCAGAGCCAGCAAACUAAUCCCCGAGUUGGCAGUACACGAUGUUGUGUAUUAUUUGGUGAAAAACGUGAUCUCGUUUUCAGGUGUACAAGGAUGAGAGAGUUAUGAAGAAAUGAAUUAUAGCUAAGAUUUGUGAUGAUCUUUUGUUCUAGUCAUAAUGAUUUGCGAUCAAUUAGGAUUUAUUUUGCUGCUGUUAGGGUUUCAUAAUAAAUUUACACCCCCUCCUCUUUUAAGUUUUAUUAUUUCUUGUGUCACGCACAAUUGAAAGUCAGCUUUCAUUUCUCUUGCUGCUUCUUAUAUGUAGUAAUCAAUAUGGUUGCUUUUGUUUGUUAUAUACAGCUUUAUAACA